AUGGGAGUUCAUCUUCGACCUCCGCUGAAACUGACGUCGAGUGACAAUGCUCAGCCGGUUUUUGUCAUUUCUACAGAUCCAGAUAUCGAUCGGAUUACCAGCGACACAAAAUACGAUAGGAUCAAAGUGGCCUUUGGGCAGAACGCGGAACACAAGGACUGGAAGAAUAGCAGUUUGAUUCUGCUUGCUGACGAAGAGGAGGUCGUCCGAAUUCCACUUUACUUCAUCGCGCCGACGACGACAUUCGAUGUGAAGAUUUGUGUGAAGGACUCUUAUGAAUACAGUACAUCCGCGCAAGAAAUGGCUAUACUCAGCGUGUCGAACACGGCACUUGGCGUCGACAUUGUCAGAAGCAAUCUGCCGCUGAACAAAGAUUUCGCGUCUUUUCCGCUCAGCGAAGGAUUCUAUCAAAUCACAGCCAAGGCGCCCAAUCAUCGCACUGUCUCUAAAGUCGUGCAUAUCAGCCCGGCGAACACAUCGUUUUGUGUGGUUAUGCAAGCUAUCGAUCCUCGUUCUCUUCUGACUAUCAGUGAGAGUGGAGUGGACGUGAUGGAAGUCAAAGCGACAAAUUUGAUGCGUAAUCCGUACGUUGCACUCGACCCACCAUCGGUGAACCGAUCAGUCAGUCGGAUUCUUGCCACGGUCACAGGUUCAACUGCUGGUUUGAUCUCAAUAGACCCCGUCAGCAUUGACGUUUUUACAUUGGUAAGUCAGUCUUCGCAAAUCGUGCCAUUCAGUCAAGCCUUCUUCUGUGAAUAA